UAUAUUACAACCGGUAUAAAAUAGUGAGUCGAAACCUCGUCAAUACUCAAACUUGCAUGUUGUACGUGACGUACCCAAGCACAUUAACCCCAGCUGUCUGUUGUCCUACCCCGUUUGCGUUAGUUCCCUAUUGACCAUGUGUGCGUUGCCUUACUGGGUUUUCCUGUUUCUAUUGCCUCUUGGCCUAAUAAAAUGCCAUGAUCCAAAGAUCACUGAUAAGGUUUACUUCAAGAUUGCAAUUGGUGGUGAACAAGUUGGUAAGAUUGUCAUAGGCCUUUUCGGUGAUAUCGUUCCAAAAACGGUACGGAACUUUAAAGAGCUUGCUGUGGGAACAACGGUGGAGAACAAGUUGCUCACAUACAAGGGAAGCAAGUUUCAUCGUGUCAUCAAGCAGUUUAUGAUCCAAGGUGGCGACUUUACUAAUGGCGACGGCACUGGGGGCCGUAGUAUAUACGGCGAACGUUUUGCCGAUGAAAACUUUUUGCUCAAACAUACUGGUCCCGGUGAUGUGUCGAUGGCUAACGCUGGGCCUGAUACGAAUGGCAGCCAAUUCUUUAUCACAACCAUCAAAACCGAUUGGUUAGACGGGAAACACGUUGUUUUCGGAAAGGUUAUCGAGGGAAUGGAUGUCGUCCAAAAGAUUGAACACACGCGGACAAACAAUUCGGAUAGACCGUUGAGCGAUGUAGUCAUAGUCGAAUGCGGAUUGGAAGAAUGAUCACACGACGAUCACUGGCUUAACUGGACUUCCCAGCCUGUUUCUCUUGAAUGCCUGCCGUUUUUAAACUGUUUGCUAACAUAUAUAGACGCCCUGUACAGCCGAGUAGCAAAAUGACUCGGUUUUGAAUUUCAAUUAAAGGGAGUUUGUAUAG